AUGGCGUCCGCCCUCUUUUUCCUCGACCUCAAGGGCAAGACCCUACUCGCCCGCAACUACAGGGGCGACAUUCCCAUGUCCGCCGUCGAGAAGUUUCCCGUCCUCCUCGCCGAAGCCGAAGAAGAGUCCUCCGCAGUACCACCAUGUUUCUCAGACGAAGGCAUUAACUACCUGUACAUCCGCCAUUCCAACCUCUACCUGCUCGCCCUCACUAAACGCAACACCAAUGCCGCCGAGAUCCUCCUGUUCCUCCACAAGAUCGUCGAGGUCUUCACAGAAUACUUCAAGGAGCUGGAAGAGGAGUCGAUACGAGACAACUUCGUUAUCAUCUACGAGUUGCUGGACGAAAUGAUGGACUUCGGCUAUCCUCAGACCACAGAAUCCAAGAUUCUGCAGGAGUAUAUUACGCAGGAGUCGCAUAAGCUGGAGAUCCAGGCGCGGCCACCAAUUGCUGUUACGAACGCCGUAUCGUGGAGAAGCGAGGGUAUCCGGUACCGCAAAAAUGAGGUCUUUCUCGACGUCGUGGAGUCUCUCAAUCUGCUCGUGUCUGCGUCAGGUAACGUGCUGCGGUCUGAGAUCCUCGGUGCCGUCAAGAUGAAGUGCUACUUGUCCGGUAUGCCUGAGUUGCGGCUUGGCCUGAAUGACAAAGCCAUGUUUGAAACUACUGGCCGUGCUACAAGAGGUAAAGCCGUUGAGAUGGAGGAUGUCAAAUUUCAUCAGUGCGUGCGGUUAUCACGAUUCGAAAACGACCGGACCAUUUCAUUCAUCCCGCCUGAUGGCGAGUUUGAACUCAUGUCUUACCGAUUAAACACCGCUGUGAAACCACUCAUCUGGGUAGAGGCAGUGGUCGAGAACCAUAGCGGCAGCCGCGUCGAAUAUAUGCUCAAAGCAAAAGCGCAAUUCAAGCGUCGAUCGACAGCCAACAAUGUCGAGAUCAUCAUACCCGUACCCGAAGACGCCGACUCGCCCCGUUUCCGCACCAAUAUCGGCUCUGUGCACUACGCACCCGAAAAGUCCGCUAUCGUCUGGAAGAUAAAGCAGUUCGGUGGCAACAAGGAGUUCCUCAUGCGCGCCGAGCUAGGUCUACCCAGCGUAAAAGGUGACGACGAGCGCGGUGGUGGCAUGACUGGUGGAUUCGGCGGCAGCAUGGGUGGGAUUGGCGGUGAGGGCCGAGGGAAGCGGCCGAUCAACGUCAAAUUCGAGAUCCCUUAUUUUACGACGUCGGGUAUCCAGGUGCGCUACCUCAAAAUCAUCGAGCCGAAGCUGCAGUAUCCCAGUCUGCCCUGGGUGCGAUACAUCACUCAGUCCGGCGACAUUGCCGUACGGUUACCGGAGACGACAAACGCAUAA